UCCACCAUUCAUAAUCACAACCGCUGGCAUCUUCUUCCCUGUAGCAUGGCACCCAAACUCCUUUCUUUCUCCUUCCUCCUCCUCCUCCUCUUCCCACCUCUGUUUGCUUCCAUCUCCCCAUUGUAUGGUUUCACCAUCGAACUCAUCCAUAAGGAUUCCCUCCUCCAGCCCACCACCAACCUCUCCGCCAUUCCCCACCUCCGCCGUCUCUUAUCCAAGGCUUCUCACGCGUUAUCACGCAGCCAAACUCUCUCCUCCCCUUCCACUAUCAUCUCCCCAAUCAUCCCCCCCAACGCCUCCCACCUCAUGCGAUUCUCCAUCGGAACUCCCCCGGUCCAAGUCCUCGCUGUCAUGGACACCGGCAGCGACCUCACGUGGCUCCGUUGCCUCCCCUGUUCCGACUGCCUCACCCGCAAAGUUCAUCUUUUUAACCCAUUUCUCUCUUCCUCCUUCCAAUCCCUCCCCCCCACGUCCCAAAAACGCAAACUUUUCAAUCCCACCGCAAGCGCCGAAACCCCAUUCUGUUCCUACGAAUACUGCUAUGGCGACGGAUCGUUCUCCUCCGGAAUCCUCUCCACUGAAACGCUCACCUUCGAAUCCACUAACGGCGAACCAAUCUCCAUCCCGGAUAUGAUCUUCGGCUGUGGAUACAACAACAGCCCCAGCUUCGACGGAGAGCUGUUCGGCCUAGCCGGUCUCGGAGGAAUGAGUUUCUCCCUCGCCUCUCAAAUCAGUAAACUCACUCCUGACACAAACCAGAGAUUCUCCUACUGCUUAUCGCCAUUUCAGGACAACACGUCCACCAGUUUCAUGAACUUUGGGGCAAAAGCGGUAGUUUCAGGGCGCAACGUGGUGUCCACCCCGCUGGUGGAGAAGGAGGACAAGACAUUCUAUUUCGUGACAUUGGAGGCGAUAAGCAUCGGAGGGAGGAAGUUGGAUGUGAGGGGGAAGGAGGGAGGGGAAGGGAACAUGUUCAUUGAUUCGGGGACAACGGUUUCGCUUAUUAAAAGUGAAGUUUUUGAGGAGAUGGGGGAUGUGAUUGGGGAGGUGAUGGGGUUGCCAUGGAAGAUGGAUGCGGGGAAUACUUUCAAGUGUUAUGAGGGGAGGAGGAGGGAGGUGUUUCCGGACAUCACGUUUCAGUUCGCCGGAGGGGCGGAGGUGGUGUUGAGGCCGUUGAAUGCGUUUACGGUGCCGUCGGAGGAGGGCUUGGUGUGCUUGGCGAUGCAGGGGACGAACGGGACGGCGAUUUUUGGGAAUAUGGCGCAGCAGAAUUUGCAUAUUGGAUUUGAUGUUGGGGGGAGGAAGGUGGAUUUUAAGCCUGCUGACUGCGCCAAAUUGCGCAGGUGAUUAUAAAGUUUUAUUAGUAUUAUGAUAAGAGUGCAGUGUAGGGGCAAGAUGGAAUGUAUUGAAAUAAAAUGGAAUGAUGUGGAGAAGUUUUGGAAGAAUUCAAUUUGACACAAAGUUCAUUAGCUAAAAGAGUAGGAAAAAUAAGUUGAUGUCAAAAGGAUUGUGAGAGCAAUA